AUGUCGAGUGAAUUGGUGAGCAGCUGCCGUCCAAAAAAAUGUCGACUCAGAUUUACCUAUAACGAUGAUUUGGUGCUAUUGAGGGAGUUCGUCAGGGAAAAUCCAUUCCUUGCUCCUGGUGACGAGGGUUGGGAUUUGUUACGCCGAAAUGUGGAAAUUGUGACUGGCAAGGCCUUCACUUUACGUACCCUGAAGCAACAUUUAUUGCUACUUAUCGAGCAAUGGCUCAAAAAGGAUCAAAUCGAUAAUGUUAGAUCUGGAUUAGAGGGGCAAUUGUUGGAAAUGGGAAAACGAGCAAGGACAGAAUAUGCCAACAAGUUGGUUAACGUUGGCGAAGAGAAGGAAAACUACUCUCCGGAAUUAGAAGAGGAAGUAGACGAGGAAUUAAUUAAUGAAUAUGUCAUUGACGAUCAUGAGUACGAAAUUAUGGAUGUUACCAACGAGGCUACUGAUAAACAAGAAAUUGAUCAAAUGCUACAUGUAGAAACCAUAACCCCGGAUAUACGAAAGGUGGAACCGGGGCCAUCGUCUCAAACCUCAGCAAGUACCGAUGGAAUUAUACAGGCCUAUAAUCUCGUGAAUUACAAGGUAGUGUUCGAAGGUGACAAUAUUGAUUCAUCGGAUCUGUAUGACACCUUUGUGGAAGCUGUCCGAUCUGUUGGUGGAGGAAUACCAUCUUAUGAAGAGGAAAGGUCUGCCGAAGUGUAUAGCUCUGAUGGACCAAGUACCUCUAGCGUUGCUGCUGCUUCGGUUCAGGAUGCUGCAAGCGAUCUACCCAAGCAAGACGACUUCGUGCAAGGUGGUUCAGGAAUGACUGCUCCUUCUCCUUCCUCUAACCGCAUGAACUUCAAUCAUAUUAAUAUAAUAGAGGAGUCUGACACGAAAUUUAUUAAAAAAUUUAACACGACAUGUAAAUCGUUGAAAUUUACUUUCAACAACGAAACAUGUAAAGAUAACCCUUUAACUUGGCUACAGAGUUCAUUCGAAGAGUUACACUCAUACAUCGUAAAGGAUUCCGUUCCAGCAGAUCGCGUUGGAAUUACACUAAGAAAUCCGAAUUAUCCUGACAAACCGAUUGGUUUUUCAUUUAGAAGAGUGGACCAGUUGUCGGUGGGCGUAAUAAUGUCAUUACUUGAAAAAGUAAUGCAGAGCAAUGCAAUUUUUUUCUCGAAUGACGUGUUAGUUUUAAACGUGGAUCGAGUGACGGUACCUGUUGGCUAUGGGCGUAAAAACCGAGUUGAAAUUUGAGGAUUUUUGUAAAGCCAAAAGACAUGGUAUUAUCGUUGUACCAACUCCAAUCAAUGAAAACAAGUGUUUAGCGCGCGCCCUAGUCCUAGCAAUACCGUUUAAAAACAAUGAUCCUAUGCUUCAUGGUAUGCAGAUGGGUAGUCCCUUACUUCAAACGCGAGCCAUACAACUUUGCCGAAAUAGCGGGGUAGACCUUAG